AUGCUCCCCGUCAAGUAUCUCGUAGCGAUCAUCGCUGGUUGCGUCUCACACACGUGUGUCGUGAAUGGAGGUGGCUACCAUGCUGCUUUCCAGGAAGAGCUGAUGCCUGCACAAACUGUAGUGGAUGCGCCGCACCCUGAAGUCUUUCCUUCUGUAGCACAGGCCGAUGAUGGGUAUGCGCUGACCCCGACGGAGACGCUGCAGCCUGAACUAGUUGAAGGGGUCUCGAAGCAAGAAGGAGAGUACACUCCGGUGCAAACCGAGGCGACCCCUUGCCCUGAAUUGCCUACUCCUGCACUUGAUGCGGAGGUGAAAAGUGAGGUUCCCGUGAUGGAGACAGCACUGCAAAAUGAAGGACACGCUUCGGUACAAUCUGAUGCAACCCCUUGCCCUGAAUUGCCCACUCCUGCACUUGAUGCGGAGGCCGAUGUGGAGACACCCGUGGUGGAGACACCCGUGGUGGAGACACCGGUGCAGGAAGAAGAACAUGUUGUCGAGGAGCAUGCCGAGACCCCUUGCCCUGAAUUGCCCACUCCUGCACUUGAUGCAGAGGUGAAAAGUGAGGUCCCCGUGGUGGAGACACCGGCACAAGUCGAAGAGCAUGUUGAGGUGCAAACCGAGACCCCAGGUCCAGUUGUGGCACCUGUGUCCGACACACCACCUCACCAACCGGAAGAAACGUCGGUGCCAGACACGAUACACGAAGGAACUACCGGGGAACACCCGAUUCCUGGUCUGACGAUCCCGUGUCCGAAAUUCACGUUGGUACCAGAGAUAGCACCCGUCGAAAUGAUCGAAGCCUACUCAACACCUGCGCCGGUGACCCCGUGUCCAGUGUUCACGUUAGUCCCUGAAACGGACCUGUCUCUUAUCGAAACAACGACCGAGGCGUACCCAACUCCUGCACUAGCGAUCGAGUUUCCAGACUCAGUUCACGUGCCGGAGACACAUUCGGAUUUGACACAUGUUCAGCACGACAUCUCACCUGACUCGUACACGUCCGCUAUUGCGGAUGUCUUGGUGCCCUAUUUGACCGAAGCACUGGUGGAGAACUCGGGUCCAGAACAGACGGAUGAAGUGGUGGAAGACAGUCACACGAACCCGAUGCAGUCAGAAGUGGACCAAACGGACCAAAGUACGGGCUUCGUCGACACUGGAGUCGAUGCUAUCGUCGAUACCGGAGUUGAUGCCAUCCUUGAGACGAUAGAGGAUGCGGCAAAUGCCAUCACGACCGACGCGACGGAUAUCGUCAUCACCAAUUGA